AUGACGUCCCCCGCCCCUGCCCCAAACACCCUCACCGAAUCCGGCAUAACCAUCCCCUCGGACAGCGAAACCUACGACGCAAACCCGGAUCUCUCCCCCUCGCCCGCCUCGGCCUCGUCCAGCUCCUCCCCUCUGAUCCUGUACAAGCCGCCCACGCUCUGGGGCCUGCUGCGCGGCGCAGCGAUCAACCUGCUGCUGCCCUUCGUGAACGGAUUGAUGUUGGGAUUUGGCGAGUUGGUUGCGAAUGAGGCGGCGUAUCGGUUGGGGUGGUCGGGUACAAAGAUAUUUCCAAGUCACCGGUUGGGUUCUACGACUGGUCGACGCGUAGGUCCGGGUGUAGAGAUGCGUGCGGAUCCUGUGGAGCGAAGACGGCGAAACGGGCAGGAACUCGACAUGUACACUUCGUUGGAGUAG